GUGUAAAUGUGGUGGACGAUGCCAAAUAUUGCCUACAAUAAGAGAAUGUGUAUGCUGUAGGGAGGUCACUGUUGUUGAUGCCAAGUGUUUAGAAGCAGUGUUUGAAUUUGGUUUAGAAGAAAGAUUGCAAUGCAUCACGCAACAUUCAGGCUUCCAAUGUGUUAGUUUGAACAAAUUUGUGCUACAAACUGCCUGGUUUCAAUACAGGCAGCAAUAUGACACCCCAUUUGAUGGUCCUGACCAUGAGAGAUAUCGACAUACUGCUUAUCGUCAGCUUGCAAGAUGGUGUUGGGGUUUUUUAGGAAAAAGUGUCCGUGUAGUUCUUCCUGCUUGUGCUGUUAGUUGCAUUCGUGCUCAUUUUCCACCACCAGGUCCUGAAGAAAAUGCAGUCUACAUGGGUCAUCAAUAUUAA